UCACUUCCUGUGGAUGUAAACGGCCAUCUUGUGGCGGCGAAGGAAGGAGGAGAAGAGCACCAGAUAUGGCUGACUACAGCAGCGUGGCUCCCCCGUCCUCUAACAACGGUGCCGGAAUGAACGACGCUUUUAAAGACGCUCUUCAGAGAGCUCGACAGAUUGCAGCGAAGAUUGGUGGCGAUGGCGUUGCGGCACCUCCAACUAACGAAUUCGGCUACGGGGGUCAGAAAAGGCCCCUGGAGGACGCUGGUGGGUAUUUUCCCAUGCCUAACCUGAAUAUCGACCAACCAGAGACGAAGAAAGUGGCUACAAAUGACGCGUUCUCAGCAAUGGGAGGAAUGGGUGGACCACCAAGGUCAAUAUCCGAGGAAUUCAAGGUACCAGAUGGAAUGGUCGGAUUCAUUAUUGGAAGAGGAGGUGAACAAAUAUCACGUCUGCAGCAAGAGUCGGGGUGUAAAAUACAGAUUGCUCCUGACAGUGGGGGAAUGCCAGAUAGGUCAGUGACAUUAACGGGAGGACCGGAAUCAAUUCAGGCGGCAAAAAGGCUUCUAACGGAGAUCGUUGAUAAAGGACGUCCAGCGCCAGCAUUCAACCACAACGACGGUCCGGGAAUGACUGUCCAGGAGAUUAUGGUCCCUGCGUCUAAAGCCGGACUCGUCAUUGGAAAGGGUGGAGAAACAAUCAAAAGCCUUCAAGAAAGAGCUGGCGUGAAGAUGGUCAUGAUCCAAGAUGGACCCCAAAACACAGGCGCUGACAAGCCACUCCGCAUUUCAGGAGAGCCCUUUAAAGUUCAGCAAGCCAAAGAAAUGGUGAUGGAGCUGAUCAGAGAUCAAGGCUUCAGGGAGCAGAGGGGCGAGUAUGGUUCUCGAGUUGGAGGUGGCGGAGGCGGCGGCAAUGGGGGACAAGGAGGAGGAGGGGGAGGAGGAGACAGCUUAGAUGUUCCUGUACCCCGGUUUGCAGUGGGAAUUGUCAUUGGCAGAAACGGAGAAAUGAUCAAGAAAAUACAGAACGACACAGGCGUCCGGAUUCAGUUUAAACCAGAUGACGGCAGUACACCAGAGAGGAUAGCCCAGAUCAUGGGUCCCCCUGACCAAGCUCAGCACGCCGCAGAAAUAAUUUCAGAUCUGCUGCGGAGUGUCCAGGCCGGCGGCCCUCCAGGACAUGGUGGUGGCAGAGGUCGUGGUCGUGGGCAGGGGAACUGGAACAUGGGGCCCCCUGGUGGUCUGCAGGAGUUUACCUUCACUGUUCCAACCAUGAAGACCGGCCUCAUUAUCGGAAAAGGUGGAGAGACAAUCAAAGGCAUCAGUCAGCAAUCUGGAGCCAGGAUCGAGCUGCAGAGGAAUCCCCCACCCAACGCUGAUCCCAACAUCAAAAUGUUCACAGUCCGGGGCUCCCCUCAACAGAUCGACUAUGCCAGGCAGCUGGUGGAGGAGAAAAUUGGGGGACCUGUCACACCAAUGGGAGGUCCACACGGUGGUCCAGGUCCACACGGAGGUCCAGGUCCACAUGGUCCUCCUGGACCACCCGGACCCCCUGGCGCUCCCAUGGGUCCAUACAACCCUGGACCAUACAACCAGGGACCUCCAGGACCUCAUGGUCCACCAGCGCCAUACCAGCCUCAGGGAUGGGGCAAUGGCUACCCACACUGGCAACAGGGGCAACCUGACCCAAAUAAAGCAGCAGCCGAUGCCAACGCAGCAGCGUGGGCAGCCUACUACGCUCAGUACAGCCAGCAGCCGCAGGCUCCCAUGACCCCGACAAGUGGAGCUCCUGGCACGACUCAGACCAACGGCCAAGGUGACCAACAGGCUGCAGGUCAGAGUGGACAGGCAGAUUACUCCAAGGCCUGGGAGGAAUAUUACAAGAAAACUGGUCAACAGAGCCAACAACCUCAGGACUACACAAAAGCCUGGGAGGAGUAUUAUAAGAAACAAGGUCAAGCGGCGCCUCAGGCCACAGCGGCAGCGGCGGCGGCUUCCACCCAGCCUGGCGGCCAGCCAGACUACAGUGCCGCCUGGGCGGAGUACUAUCGCCAGCAGGCGGCGUACUACGGCACGGCCAAUCCUCAGGCGAUGGGUGCAGCACCACAAGCCCCUCAGGGCCAGUAAUGUGAAGUGGACAUAAAGUAAAUGCUACAUUGUCGAAACAAAAUCCUUUGUUAAAUGUUUGGAUGCAGACGCCUUGAUGAAGAUCUUAAAUUUCCUUGGUUUGAAAGUGUUUCACAUAGAUGGCAGAUUUCCCGGCGAACACGUCCUCCUUUUUUUGUUUUCCCUUUUUCUUGUAAAUGCUUUGUUUUUAGUGAGGUAAUUAUACAUAUGGUCAUUCCAGCCCUGUAUACAUUAAAUGUGGCUAGAACUCAUGUUUAUUAAACUGUAGACAUUACCAUGUAAAUCAUCUCAGUUUUAAAAUGCUAUUGCCUGUUGUGUUUUUGCAAUAAAACAAACUGAAACCUCCUGUGUUGGUAAGUUGGGGUGGUAUAAAACCGGUUUAGAGGAAUUUCUGUCUUUUUGUUUUAGGGGGGGGUAUAAAAAACAAACCUGCAGGCCAUGUGUGGGUUUAGUUCUCUAAAAAAUGGUUAACUCAAAGUUGUGCUGUCCUGUCUCUCUCCAACUGUCUAUAAGACUGUUAGAUAUGUUUUGUGCGUGCAAUGACUCGGUGCGAUUCAGACAACCGUCCUUGUUGAUAGACAUUUAUUUACACAUGUUUCCUGACUUUGCUCUCUGACUUCAGUAGUAGGCAGAUGUUUUGUCAUUAGAAUGUUGACGGGUGUGUGUGCAUAUACAUGGGCCGUAAUUCCUGCAUUAACUGCGUUGCUGGAGUACUCCUUUUUAUUGUCUGGUUUGCUGACAUUGUUGAGGUAGUAUGCACUGUAUAUUGCCUUCAUAUAGACACUUCCUCCUCCACAGGCAAGUUUAGAAAAGCGGUAAGCACGUAUUUUUUCUAACCUGUUCUGCAGAAAACGUGGUUGCAAGAAAUGUUGCCUAUUUUUUUAGUGUUAUACAUAUAUAUAUAUAUAUUUUUUGUGCUGUUCUUUUUCCAGGACAGUCAGGUAAAUUGCCAUUGUAAUCCAAACUGCAUUGAAACGUUUGUCUUGCUCUUUUCAAAGUGCAAACUAACUCAUGUAUAAAUUUGUUUUUUUAAAAGAAUGUUUUUUUAAUAUAAAAACAUUGCAAAAAUCGUUUUUGCUGUCCCCAUUCUGUUAGUGUUUAUCCAAUAUAAGAACAUAGAUGUUGUAGGGUCGGGGGUGGCUAAGCAGUCCUCUUCCAUCAGUUGAGGCCUCCUAUACUGUAAGUACAAAACUGACUGACUUUCAGAGAUAAUUGCCUUUUUUAUGUUUUAUAACUGCAAAAGAUGUAGUAUUUUUGUCACAUUACCAUUUCCCCCAUGUCUCUGGGUAAGUAUAAAAUGUUCAGAGAAGAGGGCUAGUACUUUGGAUUCUUGUACCACCAUGUUUCUGAGACGUCAGUACAUCGAUACUUGUAGAUUGUUAGACUAUUUGUGUUGGUAGCAUUUCAGUGUCGGUUGGGAUUUCUGAUCUGAGGGUUUGAAUGUCAGCAUUCUGUUUCACUGUUGGUAGGAACUGUUUUUUUAAGGCUGCCCAUUUGGUUAUUUGCGUUUUCUGAAAUGCCGUAUCUGCGAAGUGCCAUUGUCCAGGUUGACUUAUGUUUAGAAAACGAUUCGAAAAUGCCAUUUAUUUGCAACGUAAUGCUUAGAAACUGCCCAACUGCAUAACUCCAGUGUAGCAUGCAUAGGCUUCUUCUGCUAUUCUUUCAAUGUCCUCCAUGAGCAUGUGGAAUGGUAGUAGUGGAAGUUCUUCUGACUAGCCCAGUAUUGAUUCAUGACAUUUUUUCUGAAUGAGCACUGUUGUGAAAGGCUGUUAACUUUAAAGCAUUGUUCACUGAUGGCAAACAGUGCAAUAUAUAUCUGAUCUUUGCAGUGUCGUCCAUGACCUUGCACCUUAGGUUCUGCUGCAAUAACCCAGGUAAGCGAAACCUAAGGAAACUGGUGUUUUUGUCUGUAGUGACAUGACCAAUUUACAUGCAAAGAAAUGCAUACCCUCUUGUCUUUAACAUGCCUCAAUGCAUUUAUGCUUAGCUGUAAAAGAUAAUGUCCACAAUUUCCAUAGUAUGAAGUCUUAAGAUCUGCUUUCAUGAAUGAACUGCAUGACAUGACCUUUUGUUACAUGACGUUUGACUUUUUAAAGUGACUACCCAGAAAAGGUUGUUGCAUAGGCUCCAUGAGGAAAUGUUGUCGUAUGUGCUUAAAUAUUUGACGGCCUUUUAAAAAAAAAAAAAAAACCUAUCCCG